AUGGCCCAACCAGAAGACUUGUCGUCGCUGACCAUUCUCAGCCUCGCUGAACCACUGCUCUCUGCUGAUGACAGCGCCCAUCGCCUCAGCAAGAAAUCUCUGGACGCAGAGCUCGAGCACUACAAGGAUCUCUUCUCCAAACUGCGCUUCUCCUAUGUCGAACAAGUCACAAAGGAGGGCUUCCUCAAGGCCAUCGUCGCCGACCCUCCCCAACUAGUCGAUGCUGCUGAGAAUGCUCGUCUGGAACAAGACUUGGCCCAAGCAAAAGCCGCCCUCAAGGCUAAGAAGGAACAAACCAACCAGAAACUCCAAGAGCUGCAGGAAUUGGGAAGUCGUCUGGCACAAUCUCAUGAUUUGAUUCAAUUGCAAACAACUCAACUAAAUUCCCUGCCUGCCGACAUACAAAAUCUCGAAACCACCAUCGCAAACCUCAAAGCUGCCCAGGAAACUCCUUCAUCCUUGCCCAUGCUCAAUCUGCCACUCCACUCGACAAAUCAAUUACUGUCAGAGAAAGAAUCAGACCUUGCCCGACUAGAUCGCGACAUUGCUCAACUACAAUCUACCCUGCCUGACAAGAAACGUCACGUCGCAUCUCUCAAGGCCGACCUAGAUCCUAUCGAAUCUCGCAAGCGCUCUGCCAUUGCCGACGCCCAAGAGGCUCAGAAGAAGCGAGGACAGCACGCUCUUGCUCAAGACCUUGAUGAGAGGGGAAAGUGGCUCAAGUCUGUUGAUUCCGGUCUUCGCUUGAUGCUCCAGAUCUGA